AUUCCCCCAACUUCCUUCCUUCCAUCCUCAAAUUCACAAUUCUCAAUUUGUUUACAUCUCCUUUCAACCUUCAUCAUCAAUGGCGUUGGCUUUUACUGCUUCUACUUCUGCUUCAAUUGCAUUUUCCUCUUCUAAUUCUCGUACAGAACAACAAGGGAUUCAGUUUAGUGCAAGCAAUUUGCAAACUUUAGAUCGAUCUUUUCCGUCACCGGCGGCUCUUAAUUUAUCCCGGAAACGAUCUGAGGCUGUGAAGGCUUUGAAUGCUGAACCCAAGAGGAAUGAUUCUAUCGUUCCUUCUGCUGCCACUGUGUUUGCUCCCGAUGUAGUGGACAAAUCAAUAGAGGUUGAGGACAUUGAGAAAUUGGCUCAGGAUCUUGAGAAGGCUUCCCCACUUGAAAUCAUGGAUAAAGCCCUUGAAAAAUAUGGGAAUGAUAUUGCUAUAGCUUUCAGUGGUGCAGAAGAUGUUGCUUUGAUAGAGUAUGCUCACUUGACCGGACGCCCGUUCAGGGUUUUUAGCCUUGACACCGGGAGGCUAAACCCGGAAACGUACAAAUUCUUUGAUACCGUUGAGAAACACUAUGGCAUCCGGAUUGAGUACAUGUUCCCGGAUGCUGUGGAAGUACAAGCCUUGGUUAGAACCAAGGGUCUUUUCUCAUUUUAUGAAGACGGUCAUCAGGAAUGUUGCCGUGUGCGAAAGGUGCGACCUUUGAGGCGGGCUUUGAAGGGUUUGCGGGCUUGGAUCACGGGUCAGAGAAAAGACCAGUCUCCAGGGACUAGGUCCGAAGUUCCAGUGGUUCAGGUGGAUCCGGUUUUUGAAGGGAUGGAUGGUGGGUCGGGAAGCUUGGUGAAGUGGAACCCUGUUGCUAAUGUAGCUGGUAACGAUAUAUGGAACUUCCUCCGAACCAUGGAGGUACCGGUUAACACGCUGCAUGCUCAGGGGUACAUCUCAAUAGGGUGCGAGCCGUGCACGAGGCCGGUCUUGCCCGGUCAACACGAGAGGGAAGGAAGGUGGUGGUGGGAGGAUGCCAAAGCUAAAGAAUGCGGGCUGCAUAAAGGAAACCUUAAAGAGGAAAACGUAAAUGGGAAUGGUUCGGUGAAUGGUAAUGCGAGUUCUGAUAUCUUUGAGAGCCAAAACAUUGUGAACUUGAGCCGGCCUGGUAUUGAGAAUCUUCUGAAGAUGGAAGACCGAAAAGACGGUUGGAUGGUUGUUCUUUAUGCACCCUGGUGCCCCUUCUGUCAGGCAAUGGAAGCAUCGUAUGAGGAACUGGCUGAUAAGUUAGCUGGAAGUGGUGUAAAGGUUGGGAAAUUUAGAGCCGACGGUGAGCAGAAGACGUUCGCGAAACAAGAAUUGCAGCUUGGGAGCUUCCCGACGAUCCUUUUCUUCCCGAAGCACUCGUCAAGGCCUAUUAAGUAUGCGUCCGAGAAGAGAGAUGUUGACUCUUUGAUGGCUUUCAUUAACGCCCUUAGAUGAUGAAGAAAACUAGAAAAGUGUGUUGUUUAUGCGCAUGUACAACUUGAUGCACGGUUUUGGUUUUGGUCUUGGUCAUUGUAUAAUAUCCGGUAUAGAAUGUAGUCCCAGUUUUGGUCUUGUGUUUGAUGCAAGUUUGUUUUGUUGAGUAUUAUAAGAAACAAACAUUUUUUUCUCUUAAACAUCACCUCAAUAGAAUUUGAUUCUGUUUCUCU